UAUUUGAGAGGCAGAGUUAGAGAAAGAGAGGUCUUCCAUCUGCUGGUUCACUCUCCAAAUGGAGUCAGGAGCUUUUCCAGGUCUCCCACGUAGGUGCUAGGACAGAAGGACUUGGGCCAUCUUCUACUGCUUUCCUAGGCCAUAGCAGAGAGCUGGAUUGGAAGUGGAGCAACCAGGACUUGAACCAGUGUCCAUAUGGGAUGCUGGCACUUCAGGCAGCGGCUUUCCCAACUAUGCCACAGCAUCAGGCCCAACAUCUUGUUCUUAAUUCUUCUAAUGUGACAGCCCAUGAACACUUUUCUGAAGUAGGGGGAGUCUUAGAGCUCUACAAGCUAUCAUAUUCUGCCAGAAGUGGCUAGGAUGCCCCCUGUUGGAAGUACAUGCCCUCCAAUUUUAAAUUUCACCUCUCCAUUUGCCAUUCUUAAACGGAUGGAAUAUAUCAAACUAUCAAGCAAGUACCCAAAAAAUAUUUGCUUUACCUAUUAUGCCUUCUACAGAGAAUCUGAUUCGUCUUACGUUUCACCACAAAAGUCAGAUCCAAUUUACCAUGCUCAACCACCCAAAAAAUAUCCUGUAUUUUGUAAUAAAUACACCUUCUCUAAACUGGUACCCUGUUUUCUUGUACCUUCUGGAACUACAAAUAUGCUGAUAGCCAGUAAGUGCCUGCACAAAUCAGACUUUCUUUUUUAAUAUUUAUUUAUUUAUUUGAAAAUCAGAGUAACACAGAGAGAGGAGAGGUAGAGAGAGAGGUCUUCCAUCCAAUGGUUCACUCCCCAAGUGGCCACAACGGCCGGAGCUGUGCCUAUCUGAAGACAGGAGCUUCUUCCGGGUCUCCCACGCGGGUGUAGGGGCCCAAGGACUUGUGGCCAUCUUCUGCUGCUUUCCCAGGCCAUAGCAGAGAGCUGGAUCAGAAGAGGAGCAGCCAGGACUAGAACCGGCUUCAGGCCAGGGCAUUAACCCACUGCACCACAGCGCUGGCCCCAAAAAUCAGACUUUCCAGCAAACCAAGGUCCAGUGAAUUGUCCAGCACAACCAACAGGAAAGAAUUCAAGUUGAAAAUACUGUUCCGUCCAUGGUAGGAACUGUAACUAUUAUAAGGGUACUUCAAAAGCAGAAGCUAUCACCCCACAAGUUUUCUAAAUCUGAACACAUACCAUAUUUGACCACCCUCUGCUCUAUCCAGCCCAGGAGAUACUAUUAGGAGUAUGCUAUCCCACAGUGGUCAGCCUAGGAAUCCCAGUUAGGUCACUAGAAUAUGUUAUAUGAAAUGUCCAGAAUUAUGAAUAAGCAAAUUCUUAAGGAACAUUUGUGGAAACAGAUGUUCCACCCUUAGAGUGUCAAGCAUUCUUUUCCAAGCAAUGUUUCCAAGCAACUGGAAACUCCUCACCUUGCUGAUUAAUAAACAGAAGUCAAAUGGUGGCACCUAGAAUAAAUCUGGGGAGACUAUCAGCAUAAUAGUUUACUUCAUGGUGAGCCCUCUUUGCUUGCUACCAUACUUAAAAUAGGUUCUCAAACUUUGGCCUAGCAGUCCAAUCACCUAUAACACUGGCUUACUAUGUUGUAGGCCUUUUAUAAGUUGUUAACAUCUCUGGUGUUUCCUUAUGGAGCCUUGGCGAGAUCCCUAAAUCCAGUUUGAGUUUCUUGGAUCAAUUCCUCUCUUCACCGUCACCUUCAACAAGUGCAACAGAACAGACCUGAAUAAGGCUGAGCUGCUUGUGGCAAAAAUCUCACAUAUUCAGGCAUUUCUAAAAACCCCUGUCACAGGCUGGCAUACUGCAGGACAGAGAAUGACCUCCACCUAUGCCUUAGUCUGCAUGUAAAUUUCAUCUCAGAACCUAACUUAAACAACAGAAUUUGCUGCUUUCCCUCCCCUUUCCUGCAAUUUAAUUCUUUACAGAUUUUGCAAUGGGGUGCGGACUUAGAAAGCUAGAAGACCCUGAUGAUAGCAGCCCUGGAAAAAUAUUUUCUACCCUGAAGAGACCGCAAGUGGAAACAAAGACAGAAUUUGCUUACGAAUAUGUAUUGCUGGAUUUUACAUUGCAAGCGAUGAAGAAAAUAUAUUGUAAAUGGAAUAUUAGUUUAAAUCCAAAAAAGGAGGAAAAUUGGAGGAAAUGGAUUCAUCCUGCUUCAUCAAACCCAGAAGUCAUCAAGAUAAAUUCAAUUCUGGAUAUAGUAGCAAAAGUGGAUGACUAUUAUCUUAAGGGAUAUGUUGUUGGGGCUAUUCAUCCUGUCAUACAACCUGUGGGGCAGCGAAAACACCUCCCAGCAAAUUACCUGUAUAGGGUGGUGCUAUUGCGCUUAAAAUUAAGCCCCAAGCAUCCAGCAGCACCCAGUGGACAAAAACGCCCAAGGCUUGUGAUUGAGGAAUGUCCUCUAACUUAUGAGACACAAACAAAUGAUGUAGCAAAAGAGCUGAUAGAAAAGAUUAAUGUCGCUGCUAAAAAAGGAAUGAAAUUUGUUGGGUUCAUACCACAACAUUAUCCAUCUAAAUUCUGCAAUGGAACCAGCCAUGACGGAGAUCUAGAAUCAAUGCUACAUGUGAGACACAGUUCAGAAGAAAACUGUAAAAGCUGGAAUGAAGGAACCUUAAGUGGGCAAUCGUCUGAAAGUGGAAUUGAAGAAGAACUUCAUCACGAAAGCAAACAGGAUCAAACGGAACAAAAUGGCAGCCCCACUUCCUCUAAAUCAAGAAAAGAAGAUAACAAGUUGUAUAUAGCCUUCAAUGCUUUUGAUGAUGAUUCAACCUGCUGGACCUAUCAGGAAGGCAUCCUUUCAAUGAAAGUAACAAGAAAAGGAGCUGUCAUCAGUACACUUGAUGCUGAUUGGCUGGAAUUAACUACAUUUUAUUAUAAGCAAGGCUUGUCUUUAAUUGAUUCUUUUGUAUCCUGGGAAACAUCUAAAGGAGACCAUUUGUCUAAAUCUUUGGAAGGAUUUUUUAUCUAUGAAGAAGAAGGCUCUGGAGUGCCAGGUUCUAAUAGGAAAGGAAAUGAUGCCAUUGUGGUAGAACAGUGGACUGUCAUUGAGGGCUGUGAAAUCAAAACGGAUUAUGGCCCUCUGUUGCACACACUGGCUGAAUUUGGAUGGCUUCUGACAAGCGUGUUGCCUACACCCAUACUGAGACAUGACAGUGAAGGGAAUUUGGCUACAAAGCAGAUCGUAUUUCUUCAGAGGCCAGUUACGUGGACAGCUGCUCAAACACCAGAAAGGAAGGGCAGCCGGCAUUUGAAGAGUGAAGACAGAAGCAAAGUCAGCAGCAGGAGCGUGGGGUCAGACACGGCCCUGCCACCGCCCACGGAGGGCAGACCCCUGCCGGAGGAGUGCCUCCUCUCCGCUUCCAGAGAGUGCUGGACGCGGGAGGGGCGGCCGGCCCUGAACAGCGGCUUCUCCGGGGGCAGCAGCAGCGACAGCGUCCUCCGGGAGUUAGACGAGGGACAGUUUGACCAGGAGGACGGAGUGACUCAGGUCACUUGCAUGUGAGCCGCAAGGUGAGGCAACGCGAGGCUCUGUAAAUAAUUAUUAAAAUAAAUGCCAGGAAUCCUGUAUUUCAUUCUCUGCAUUUAUGUAAUAUUUCUGAAUUUUUCCAGACUCAGCCUUCCCUCUAAUCUGUGUAAACUUUGGCUCAACCUCCUGGACAAGGAAGAAUAAUCAAUGUAUUUGUAAAUUUAGUCAUGUUUAUGCUUCUCUCAAGUACAACAUCUGGUUAAACAGAUGUCCCAUUGGGCUAUUAAGCAAUGAUCUACUUCCGUUUCUCAUGAAUGUACAAAGUAUACAAUUCCUAGUAAAAAAGAUUAUCUUAACCAGUAUUUUUCCUAAUUAGAGAGUUCUCAAGGAAAUCAGUCCUCUUAAGAUGAAAAAUAAUUCUCUCUCCCUCUCUCUCUCACACACACACACAGUACUGAAAACAAACACCUACUUCCUGAAUACAACAAUUAAAUCAAAUGUUGUCUUUGACUAUGGCAUGGAAAUAUAAAGCAAGUCCCUAUUUGUUGAAAUAUUCCUUGAGAAACAAAUCCUUUCUGUAUGUUUUUGCUUUUAAAGGGUCCCCAUUAUCAACCCUGUUCUGAUACAUUGAACCUAAACAUUGUGGCUCCUAAUAGUCUAGAAACAGAGCAAAGCAGCAUUUCUUAAAACUCAAUAUGAAAAUAACCUACAAUAUCUAAGUGUAAAAACCUUAGUAGAGAGAAUUUUCGUUCUUUUAAAUUGCAAAUACCAAUUGCAAAUGGAAAAACAUCAACCUCAAAUAGAAGUUGAAGUUUUUUACAUAUCUCUAGAUUUGAUGUGUGCUUUUACUUUGACUUGCUACAUCCUGAAGAAUCAGAACUGUCAGCCCUGCGGGAGGAAGAAAGCACUCACAGCGCAUGCGACAUGCCAUGUGUACAGCGACCUCUCGGUUCCUGUCUGCUUUUCUUGCCUUUGCUAAUAGGAAUGCCCGUGCCUUGCUCCAACAUUUAACAAGCAAAGAUUUAAAUUCUACAAAAUAGGAGACUCUCAUUUUUAUGUAUACAAGCCUUACUUUGCAAAGCAGGCACCUUCAAGUGAAUUACAACUGACUUCGUCAUUGAUAAAUUAAGCCUGUUCUAUAUUUCUACUAGCAUUGAUGAUGACAUUGUAAAAUCAUUUAAAGAAUAAAAUGUCAUUUGUUA